AUGAAUUUCCCCGAUCAAGGGCAGAACUACCCGAUGAACGGCAGACUAAACGUUGUACCAGGUGCUCGGAACAGUGGCAUUUCUGAUACAUCAGGACAGCCCAGUAACACUUCGGUAUAUCUAAUGAACCAAAUGCAGCCUCCAUCUGCACCAUCUCAGUAUGGGAACCCACAAUAUCAGCACCCCAUACUUCCUCCUCCGUCUCAAAGUGAGCACCAGGGCAGCGACGCCGUCAAUCAAGACAACAAUCAAAACGAAGACGCACAAUGGGUGGCAGAAGACCAAAGCUAUGACCAAAUACCAUCACCAGAACCUGCUCCCUUGUCAGGAUAUAGUGGAGCUACUUUUAACAAAGCACAACAUGUAUAUGCCAGUCGGGUGCCGAAGCUCAUGGCAGACGACGAGGUCGAGCAGUCUCGCAGUUUUGAGCGAUACCGUCUCCAUUCCAUCAGAUUCGAGCUUUCUCAGGGAGAUGUCCUUGUCUUCAUCGACUACCCCUAUUACCACAAAGAUACCAUCGCUCAUACCGACUGCAAUGGCUUAAUUUACAAGUCACAACAGUUCCGUGUUCACUCCAAAAAGCUCCUGGAGACCAAUUCUUCCACGUUUGAAGAGAUGCUCAACCCUACCUAUCAGUUCAGAAUUCAGAGGCGCCGCAAGAUGGUCAACAAGAUGCCCGAAGGCAUCAAGUAUUUGCUGGACCUGACACCGCCCUCUGAAGGAGAUGAGCUGGUAUUCCAAAUGACCGAGCUAUCAUUGACUCCCGCGCUUAUAAAGUGGUGGAAGUCAUCUAUCGAGAACGGUACCGAUAUGAGCUUGGUAUCUGGACAUGACGAUGUUUGCAUGUGCAAUAGACAGCACGAGGAAGACAUGCUCAGUACCAGAGGGCAUACCGGGAACUCUGAAAGAGCUGAUACCGGACCCAACAGAAGAGAUCGCUCACCAGAGAACCCGUCACCUGGGGCCAAGGUAAUAACUGCAAUGCAGAUGAAAGCCAGAGGAGAGAACGAAUUCAUUCCAACGCCCCAGUAUCGACACGCCCCGGAUUACUGCCCAGUUCGACAUCGCAAUGGAAUUAUUAGGCUACUCAUGUUGAUCGAAGGCAAAGGAGUUAUACUCGACUCAGCUCCACGCCUGUGGACUCUGGUCAAGCUUGGCAAUAUCUUCGACUGUAGUGCUCUCCUUCGGGAUCGUGUAACUCAAUGGAUAUUGCAUGGAUCCAACACCGCUUUCAUCGAGAUAGCACCUGAAGAAGCGCUGCAGAUUGCAUUCUCCCUCAAGAUUCCUCAGGUUGCUGAAAGUGCUUUCAAGAUCCUUGUCAAUGAACUUGCGCUCAAAAUAGCCGGCGAAGCUCAACCGCACCAGAAUUACAACCACACAACAGUAUUUGGUAGAAGGCUGGGAAGCCUGCCUGAUGAACUCAACAAUCUCGUACAGCAUGCAGCUCAGGCAUUGGUUGAGAGGGUUUCAGAUAUCGAUAAGAUGAUGCGCAAUCCUUGUCUGUAUGACUUCUGGGACAUUGACGAGUGGAAUGGGCUGCGAGUGAUUGAGCAGCUUCUCACACGGGAAACCACGGGACUCGCAAGUCAGGCACUCGCCGCCAUCCACGCCCUUAUGGAUAACUUGGUCGCCGAGGUUGCGCAGGCAUGGGAAACCAAUAUAUCGGUUCCUGUGUUUGAUAAACACCUGGCAAACCAGAGCAUGGACCAAGACCGUUUGACGUACGUGGAACCGCCGGACUUUGAAACUACGACCAUGAUAAUGAACACGUUCAACUCAACUCAGAUGCUACUCUGUGCUUCGCCGUACAACGAUGUUGGUGUGGAGCUUGAUGCUCGGAGAUGGUGGUCCUGUCGAUGUAGACUGACUGGCCAUCAGCACCGAAAAUACAGCGACUUGGUGCAAAUGGCAACGAACACACUGGGAGCCCUUCUCGCCUGUAAUCCAUGGCUUCGGACUGAUCCACUCUGGGUGCGCACUCUUGAGCUCAAGGAUUACGAAAACCCAAUAAUAGGAGGGAUCUUCCAAUUCAACAAACCGAUCGUGUCUCUCAACCACCUCGAGGCUGAAGUCAAGGAUCGACUUCGUCCAAUCACGCUCUCAUGGGUGCGUCGCCAUUUUGAACCAUCCCUCAACAUCACUAGACAUCUUCUGCUCACUUUGACCGACAACGAGCUCAAAUACCUUCCAUUGUGGUGUGGAGGAUGUGACGAUGGCACAGGCGGUGUCUUCGAGGAUCCCAUUCCUUCCACAGACAUGGGACCGAAAGGACCAGGACCAGGCUUCCACACGGGGCAAACAAUCCCUUCAGCACCCGCAAGCAUCAGUGGCUCCAUGAUCGAAGACAUGGAUGCGCUACGAGUAUGGGGUAGCACAACAGGUGCUUCGAUAAAUGUCCAUGACAGCAUUUCAACUGUCUAUCGGACAGAUCAGGUCAUUGCCGAAGACAAGUCUAUAGCUUCAGAGUCCUUUACCGCUGGUGGAUCAGAGUAUGCAGAUGCCAGAUUUGCUCUGCCAGCAGGCCAUCAAGGAAUGGGCGAAGCAGUCAGCAUGUUAGUCGAGACGAUAGAUGAGCCGGCAGACUCAGAAUCGAGAUCUGCCACUGAAGGUCGAAGCGGAGUUGGUAACGACAGCGAUGACGAUAACUACAUGUGGGAUGGUGAUAGCGAUAGUGGUAGCAGUACGCGCACACUCUCUUAA